UCCUCUUGAAAAAGGCUGGACGAGAAACUGUGAAUAAAGUUUGCGUGGCCUUACAAAAAUCUGACAAUAAAUAUCAAUAUAAAUAUCAAAAUAAUAUUAAAGAUUACAAUACACAAACUAGUCUCGUUGUUUGCUUCAUAAAAUAUCAUGUACUGUCAUUCUUCUCUGCAUCUUACCUCUUCUGGGUUCAUCAUCACAAGUAGUAUGCGUUCCACAUUUGCGCAUGCUUAGUUUCGUAAACUAGUGAUUCUGCGAACAAAAUUUACAUUUGGCUUUCGGUGUGGUGUGUUGAGUUGCGUCAUGGCUUCGUCUGCUCGUUCUCCUUCUCAUAUUGAGACAGACGACGAUGUAUGGUGUGUUGUGAGAAGCAACUAUGUCUACCUGUCUGAUCGUCUCUGUUUCAACUCUCUCUUCACCAAUCUUCUGUAUGAACGAGGAUUUCUGUCGAGAGGUGAUAUGGACGCUCUUCGCAGCGACUUUGUCACUCACGACGACAAGGUUCGUCGUCUUCUCAUCGACGUCUUGUCGACGAAACCGCCGGAAAUGUUUCAUGUCUUCUGCGACAUCCUCAGAACAGUCGGACAGACACACGUUGUAGAAAGGUUGACGACAACGGGGAAUACCCACGGGAUACGAAGAGAUCCCCAAGUUGCUGCUACAGGUGUUGGAGAGAUGGAAAUGUUGAAAGAUCAGGUGGUACUGUUGGACAGAGAGAAGAGACAGGUGAAAGUGCAAUUGAAGGAGGAAAGAAAACGAGCCGCGGAUGCACAGAAAGAUUUGUACAGCAAGAGAAGAAAUCAGGAAAGCAAAAGAGGAAACAAGCCAAGCAAGACAGGAAACUGGACAAGCAAAGCAAGAGAUGAAGAAAGCAAUGAUUGAAACAAAGGGAGAACAGCUGAAGAUUAUGGCACUUGAAUAUGAAAAGUCAAGGUGUCCUGCUAGUCGUCAUCAUCAGGUAACUGGUCAGUCUUGCUGCAUGUUGAACUAGA